UUCAGAAACAUGUACAAACAAAAUAAAUGCUGUUUCAAUUAUAAUUCGCAAGCAGAUAUAAUCAAUCUGUUUGUAUGUGUACAAACAAAACAAUUAAUUUUAAUAACAAGCCUUAGUUUACUUACAAAUAAUAUUCACCGAUUCCAACACCGCUUAGCCUUGACGCUUCCUGCACACGUUACCCAACACUCUUUGCGGAAAACAAAAUAGGCACCGCAAUGAACUUCAUCACAAUUCCUUAGCUAACUCGACAGCAGGAGAUUCUCUAUCAUUGUGAAUGUGCACAUCAAGUGAGUAACACACAGAAUAUUAAAUUGGAUUAUCUCCCAAAAGGUUGCAAUAUAUGUGGAAAUUAAAGUAGAAGGCAAUCAAAACCUAAUGAAGUACAUUUUGGGUUUUGUCUGAAUUUCUUAAUGUGUAAUGGAGCUUUCUACGUGGAAGAAAGUCCUCUUGAAAUGGGCAAGUGUACUCUUUUGGUUUUCUAAGUGUGUCACAAAUUUCAGAAAUACUUUGCAGGUUAGGGACUGCGAGCUCAUAGAACCAACUCCAGUGUGUUUGGAUGAUCUAGAGCCCGAAAUAUUCUUUCCGCCAUACGCAGAGCGCGUGAAAUAUUUGCCUUCCAAUCCAGAGGCUGCAAAUAGGCCAUUGCUUUAUUUUUUGGAAGAGAAUUUCCCCAAUUUUGAGCCCCAAUUAGAACAAAAUGGCGGCAUCGCUGCCAGCGAUUACGCCUAUGUAUAUUCUCUUCUAUGGCGAUACGCCAGCGAUAACGGUGGCAUCGACUAUAUUCCUGACGGUGUCUUCCAAGAUAAUUAUAUUGAAAAUUGCAUUGAUAUCUUCACUCGAUACAUCCCAGAUAUGUCCAAUCUAUCGAGAGUUAUAUUGCACGAUUGCAUCGCCCGGAUGCCCUCGGGUCUUCAAGACGAUUCUCCUGACCAUAAUGGCAAUAGCGAUUCGUCUGGUUGCGGCUGCGAAUAUGUGAUGGGUGAAGAAUGUGUAAGCCAGGCCGCUGAUGAAAACGAACCCGAUUAUAUGGAGGACGAAGCCAUCGCGGAAGGGAACUCUGAUGAGGCCGGCGAAGAAUCCGAAUACAUUGAGGUAGAACCCGUCGAAGAAAAUGAGCCCGGUUAUAUUGGGGAAGAACGCAACUCUGAUGAGCCCCGCCAAGGGUCUGAAUAUAUUGUGAAAGAAGCUGUCGCGGAAAAUGAAAAUGUGCCCGAUUAUGCAGAGAACGAAUCUUCCGAAGAACUCGAUUCUGAUGAGGCCGACGAAGAAUCCGAAUACUUUGAAGAAGAAGCCGUCGAAGAAUAUGAAAGUGGAAAAGAUUAUGUAGAGGCCUGUACCGCCGAUGAAAGUAACUCUGAUAGUGAGGCCGACGAGGAAGCCGAAUACUUGAAUAGUCCCGAUUAUAAACUGAACGAAACCGUUGAGGAAUACUACUCGGAUGGCGCUGAAGAGGAAUCGGAUUAUAUCGAAGAGGACGCCGAAGAAAAUGAAAAUGAACCCAAUAUUCUGUACGAGGCACCUGAACCAAAGAAAUCUAGAACUGAAGAAGAUAAUUUUGAAAAUGUUCUCGAUUAUACCGAGAACGAAGAAAAUGAGCCCGAUCAUAUCGAGAACGUAGCCACAGAAGAGCGCAAUCCUGAUAAUGAGGCAAGAGAAGAACCCGAUAACUUGUUAAACGAAGCCGCCGGAGGACGAGAUUGCUCUGAAAACGAGGCUGGCAAAGAACCCGAUGACAUGGAUAACAAAGCUGUCGAAGAGCCUGCUUACAAGGAAAGCAUCCAUGAAUGCAAUUUAGCAGAAAACAAUUCUUGGACCCCGACCAGGCUUCUGCGUAAACGCAGCCGUUCAUGGCGCAUCUUCGCCAACAAUGCUGACGUCCCUUAUCUGCCCGCCAGCAGCAGUUCAGGUGUCGACUCCGAAGAGAAAUACUGUUGGAUGGAUAACGAGAUGGAUAACAAGAAUCUGCUCGGUAGCAACAAUGGCAUAAGCAAUUCUCCGCCUUCCAGCAACGGAUCGGAAAGUCAGCUUUGGAUUGAUAGCCACGCAAAUAAAAAGGUGCCGGCGAAAACGUAUUCCAAGUCUAGGGUUGCUCUGUUCCGCGAAAAAGUUUCCAGUGUUUGUUCAAAAAAUUCAGCAAAUGCUCAAUUGGAGCUGAGCAGUCUUUAUAAUAUCUACACGUUGACCACCAUCGAUACAGAUUCCUUGCGAUCUAGCGAGAAAGGGAAAGGCGAUGGCGAUAAUUACAACCUCGCUCCAAAGGAAGAACAGCUUGGAGCCAAAGCAACCAAUGCCGUGCUGCAGUCGGAGGAAAAGGAACUGGGAAAUUCUUCCAGUACAACAUAUCGCAGCGGGGACGAGUAUGCAGGGGAGUCCAUCAAAAAUGAAAUACUACAAUUGGCAAUGGUCAAUGGGAGCGUAGACAAGGACACGCUCAUUGAACUGCUCCAAGAUCAUAUGAGAGCCUUACAAAUUAAUAACGACGAGCUAACCAAAAAGGUGCAAGUGUCCGAUUUGAAGUCACAGUCGUGCAUGCAACGCAUACAUGAAUUGGAGGACCUCGUGGCAAGUGCGGACGGGAUCGUGAUGGACAGGGAGCGUACGCUGGAAGAUCUACGCUCAGACUGCGAAGCGCUAAAGAUGCGCCUGCGCAGAGGCAGUUUUGCACUGAAUGACACUACGGACGAUAUUGGUGUUAGCUCGGAAGAGAAGACCCAAUCGGUAGAGAACCAAUUGCGUGGAAGCGCAGAGAAGCGAAAUGAUUCGCCGGAGGCAUCUGCGGCUUCUGCGGAGAAUGAACGCAUGAGAUUUAAGCAAAAAAUUUUGCGGCUUAUUCGCUCACACAACGCGGAGUUGCCGGAACUGCCUCCGCAAGAUGAUUCGCUACCAACGCUCUUCGGUCUUAUUGAGUAUACAAUGGACCAGAUGGCCGCAAAGUACGAAUCGCACAACCAGACUUUGCCAGCCAAUGAAACGCUGAACGUGGAGCAAGCCGCAAGCUUGGAGGACUCGCAUAAUCAGCAGGAAGAUCAGCCGGCGCUCGAAGGGCGCUUGGUGCAACUGGAUCAUGAAGAAAAAUUGGUUCUGUACCUGCAACAAAUACAAGCCCAGGACGCGUUCGCCGCCGAAAUGCUCCAAAUAUUAGCCGAGUGCAACAACCUAGCCGUCGAGCCAGACGAUGAGCCAGACGAUGAGCCAGGUGCCGUGUUCCAUCAGUUACGCAAACAACUCAGCCAAUUUGUGGCCAACUACAGAUAUCUAGAUACGCUUAACACGCAAUCGCAAAUCACAGUGCCUGCGACCCUGGACGCAUUGAGUGCUCACGAAGCGAACAUCCGGAAGAUGCUGCUGGAAGUGGAAAGUAUCUACAAUGUGCCGUCAAUGAGCCAAGAGACUGGCAUGAAUGCCUUGGAGCAGCUGCGCCUGCAGAUAGAGCAAUUUAUGUCUGAUUUCAAGGGGCUGGAGGCGAGCAGCGCCCACUUGACCAGCGAGUACAGGAGCUGCCUGAAGCAGUACACCGAUCAGCAGCAAAACAUGCAAAUGGAGCACGCAGAUCGCUUAAAGUUGGACGACUAUAUAAAGCAUCUGGAGGAACAGUUGGAUUACAAAACUAGCGAAUGCAACUGGUUCGGGCAGGAGCUAACGCACCAGAUCGCAUACAUCAACAAACUGGAGUCGGAGCAAAACAUAUCGGAGAUUUCAGACGAGCAGCAGCUCCACGAGUACCACCAGAAAGUGGGUUCAGUGCUGGGUCGGCUCAAAGAGAAGAUGAUUAGUUACGUCUCAGGUAUGGUCCGCCUAAAUGUGAAUCUCAACAUGCCACUGGUCAUAGAUAAUCAAAUGGUUGUCGUGCACCAGCGCCGACUGACCUUAUUGACGGAGGAAAUAAAAAACAACGUAAUGGAUCACAUCGCACAAGUUGCCCGAAUAGUCUCGGACUACAAACUGCCCAGGGACGAGCAGCAGCAAACCGACGAGGAGGAUCAGGAUCAAAAGACGUUGCUGGAUGAACUGCAGCAAAAGCUAAGCGCAGCCAAGGCUAAAAAUGAACAGCUGGAGCAGGAGCUACAGUCGGCCAUUCAGCAGGACAAGUAUUCGGUGCUCAAACAGGAGCUGAGGACCACACGCAACGAGCUGAACGAUAUGAAAAACGAGAAUCUGCAGCUGAGCCAUAGACUCUUGGUGUCCAGGCGUGCUGGCGAAUCAAAGGGAUGGGAGAAGCGGCUGGAGACUUACAAGCAAUAUUCAUCGGAGCUUGAGGCGAAACUCAAUGAGGCAUUCGAUUUGGUUAACGAUCGGGAUCGCGAACUAGAACACUUGACCAAUAUGUUCAACGAGCUGAAAGUAUCGCUAACAAAUAUGGAUCGACGCGUCAAGCAGGCAUGUCCUAUGGCAGAUAAUUCAUCGGUGCACGUUGGGCAGGACCGCGAUUUCGCAGAGCUGCAGCAGCAUGUGGAAUACUUGGAGCAGGAGCUGGUAAUAAGCCAAGAACUAAGCACUAACAAACAAUCGGAGCUGCAAGUGCGGUUACUGGAGCAACAGAAGGCCGCCGCAAUAGAGCUGGAUGCGCGAGAUUCUGCCAAUCAGCAGCUGUGCGAAAAGCUGGAGGUGUGUCGGGUACAGGUUGACAGCUUACAAAGCCAGCUGAAGCAAAGCCAGGCACGAAGGGAGCACCAAUGGCAGUCGGGACUGCUGCUUGAUCAGCUUAGUGGCGGCUCCAGACGGAGGCUCCAACAGCCGGCGUCAAGCGUCGUGAGCGGGCUGAGCCAGCAGCUGGAAGGCCUACAGCGCCAGCUAAAGGAGAGGGAAGAGCAGCUGCAAGCCGCACAAGUGGACCUGCAGAAGGGGCUAAGCGAACGCCAGAGACUAGCUGAAAAGCUAACCGAUUGCCAACAGCAGAUGGAAGAAUUGCAGCAACGGAUCGAGCAACCAUCCAAUCAGGAUUGGCAGAUGGAAUGCCAGCUGGUCGAGGCGCAUAAGGAGAUCGAGGUGCAAAAACGGGAGCGCCAGAGGCUGGCCAGAACUGUCACCCGGUACCAACAGAGGGUGGAGCAUCUACAGCGCCAACUGGAACGUGCUAAGAACGGCAAACUGACCUUGGGGCUGGUAGAUCAGCUAGAGAUGGUGAUGCAGGAGCUGCAAGAUGCCAACUGCGCGAAUAUGCAGCUAGGCCGCGAGCUCCUUAGCUAUCAAGAGCAGACGGCAAAUUUACAGGAACAGCUGACCAUAUCCCAGCGUCACAACUGCCCAAGUCAGCACGAACAGAAAUUGGUCGAGAAGCUGAUAAUCGCACGUGAGGAAGUGGAGAAACUGAAGGUCGUAAAUCACAAGCUGGUUAAGACGGCCAGGUAUUACCGAGAUCAUGCGGAACUCCUGCAGGAACAGAUGGGGGAGAUGCGAAGACGCGAAACGAAUGCAUUCCAAAGGGAAGCUCGAUUGAGCGCCGCACAUCAGGAUUGGCUUGAGAAAAAUCUGGCUAGCUAUAAAAAGCGUGUUAAAAAUCUAGAGCAGCAGAUAAGGGAGCGGGAGGCCCAACUUAAGGAUGCCGAGCAGCAGGCAAAGAAAAUUGAGAAACUGAGGGAGAAGCCCAAAAUUGUGACCAUGGAUCAAUCUGGACUAGAAGACGAACUAAAUGGUGCCUUCCACGAAAUAAUUGGCCACGAGUCCCACCAAAAGGAGCUCGCCCAACAAAUUGCCAAUUACCAGGAAAGGAUUGAUCGCUCGAAAAAACAAUUAAAGGAUGCUAGGAGCAGCAGAGGAGGUAGUGCAUCGGAGGGCGAAGACAAGGAUGGACUCGUUAGGCAGCUGGCAAUCGCCCGCAGGCACAUGCACGACCAGGACUGCGCACAGCUGAAGCUGAGCGAGAAGCUCGGGAAUUACAAAAUGCGGCUUGAGAGCAUGCAGGAACAGGUGGAAAGGGCUCAAGCGAUGAAGGCCAAAGCACAAGAUGACCUGAAACACGCCCAGGAGCGUAUAGGAGCAAUGCAGGCGCAGCAGCUGGAUCUGCACAAGAAAUUGGAUAAUUCAAAGCAGGAGACGGCAAUCGCAUAUGGUCAGCUACACGAUUUGCAGCAGCUGCAGCUGCUGACGUUGGAGCAAUUGGAUGACAUUAGAAAACAAUUCGAUAAGGUUCAGCAGGAGUUAGGCCACGCGCAGCAAGUGCAAGCGGAGACUGUGGAGAAGCUAGAUGAGGCCGAGAAGAGGCUGGAGAAGCCGCUGAAAAAGCUUGUAGAGGCUGAACAAAAGCUGCAGCGCAUAGAGUAUAUUGUCCAAGAGUACGACGCACUCCAACUGGAGAGAACAUGUUUGCAGAAGCAGCUAAGAGCGGAGCACGAGAAAUAUUUAGCUCUGGCGGAGGGCCAAACAAAGCUGGUGGAGGAGAAGCGUGCGGAAAUACAGCUAGAGAUUGUUAAGCUACAAAAGAAACUAGAGCUAAAGGACUUCCAGGUGGAAGCGCAAAAAGCUCAGAUCAGCGCCUUCGAAAGAAGAGCCGAGCAGCCGCCGGAGUCGAUCAGCAGCACGCACGAUUUGGCCCAGGCCAGGCGUGCUCUAGUCAAGCACAAGGAGCAGCUGUUCGCACUACGCCAAGAGAAGAACACGCUGCAGAAGGAUGUGAAAGCCUACAAGGAACAAGCGAGAUGUGCCGAGCAGGAGCUAACUGCAUUUCGGCAGCAACACGCGCGCUCCAUGGAGGAAUACACGGCAUCUAUAUGCGAUAUAAAGCGUCUAGAGAAAUCGCUCCACAUAGCCCAGUCCGAGCUGCACAGCCUGCAAUCGAAGCUGGCCCUCACCAAUAAUGAAAUAUUGGGCCUGACCCAGCAAGUGGGCGACCUCAACGGGGCACUUCAUCUGCAGAAGUUGCACUCGACCGAGCUGCUGCAGCAACUCUGUGAAACUGAGGAUUCGCUUGCGGAAUACAAAAAACAAAUGGCCACCGAACGUGAAAUCCACAACGUGGCCCAGAAGAAGCUGGACAGUACGCUUCAGGAGCUGAACACCCUGCGAUUGCGCCAGAAUUUGGUGAUCAGCCACCUAGAUAUUCGCCUUGGCAAGCUGCAAUCGGAGGGCCGGGGGAUAGCUCAGCGUGAGUAUAAUACUCGCCGCAAUGUGAGGAGCCUGGAGGCCAAGUUGGCCAAAUUAAAGAAGGACCUGUCAGAUCUGCGCUUCUCCAACGAGGACCUGAUACUAGAGAGGGCAAACUAUUUGCAUCGCAUGAGUGUUAUGCACAGAAAGAUUGAACAAGAUCGGGACAGGAUGGAGCACUUACAGACCAAAUGUGACCAGCUGCAGGAGCAAUGUGGCCAAAUGAAGGCCAAACAACAACUGACCACCGGGAUGUCACAAACUGUUCUAUCCAUCGAUCCGAAGAAAACGGGCCGCAAGGCCGAAAGUUUUCAACGCAGCCUGGUUUGAACUGUUUACAGGAUUAGUUACAACUUCGGUAUUUGUUAUAAAUUUGUAUAUAACAUUCAUAAUUUUACAUCGGCCGAAGAAAACCGAACGAAAAGUUGAACAUUAUGACGCAGCCCGCUUUAAACUGGAGGGCCAUGUUUCUUCUGACUUAUGGGAUUCUAUUUUCAAAUGUAUU